ACCCGGGCAAAUCACUCCUUAUUAAUAUCCAACCUCCUCUCAAUUAAUGGUAAAAGCAAAUAUUGCUCUUUUAAGAGACUCCAAAUCCACACCAAAACAUACACAAACCUCAUUAAUUUCCCCUUCUACAGAUAUCAUCUUUGAAGCGCGCAGACAUCAAGUCCUCCGCUUCCUAGUCUCGUUCCGUUGAAGAAGCGACACAAAUCAAAGAUGGCCAAGCUUUUACUCGCCCUCUGCCUCCUCUCAUGCUUCGUCGUCAUUGCUCUCGCAAACACUUCCGGUAGCUUCACCAUUCAAGGCCGUGUCUACUGCGACACUUGCCGUGCUGGCUUCGAAACCAGUGCCACCGAGUACGUGGAAGGUGCGAAGGUGAAGGUCGAAUGCAAGAACUACACAACAGGCGAGACGACCCAAGAAGCUGACGGGGUGACAGACGCCAGCGGAACCUACAACAUCCCGAUCAUGCGCAACCACGAGAUUGAGAUCUGCGAGGUUGCUCUGAUCUCGAGCUCACGCAAGGACUGUGACGAGAUCAAGCCUGACCGCCAGAGCGCGCGCGUCAUCCUGGCCCACGAUACUGGCAUCGCAUCUGACAUCCGCUACGCAAACUCUCUCGGCUUCCUAAAGAAGGAGCCCCUCCCCGCUUGCGGUAGCCUGCUCCAGAUCUAUGCGUUGGCUGAUGAUUUGGACUAAACCUAGCUUCAACCAUUGGUUUCUAAUGGUGCUUUAAUUAUGAGUAGCUCUAUAUGUCUAAUAAGUGAUACUGACCUGCAGGCUGUGAUGCUUCACGACCGUUAGCAUUAUAUAUCGGUCCGGACUUUUUUUUUUCUAGAUUAAUUAUUUGAGUGUUCAAACUGCAUUUUGUUUAUUUUACGGAUAUGAAUAUUUUAUACAGGCCAUUUUUGUUUUUA